AUGGCGUCCACCUCCAUGGCGUCAUUUCUGCCUCUCCUGGUAGCCGUCCACAGACCCGAAGGCUGUCCGGAACACCUCUCCGAGCCUACUGAAUCCGAACCUGCAUCUGCAGUUCUAACACUGAACCCGGCCCCCACGAUCUUGCUCUGUAAAUUGGUAGUGACAGAUCCGUGCCACGUCCUGGGAACCCCCGCCCUGCGCAAAGCCAGCGGGUCAUCCAGAGCUGGAGUGGACAGUGGGGUGCAGAACUGGCCGGAGACAGCGUUGAGACACAGGGUCCUGCAGGGUCUGCCGGGUCAGGCCGUCCGUCUGGGACCGGCCGAGCCUGCUGUGGGAAGUCUCCAGCCUGGCGCCAGGAUCAGCAACGUGUUGUUUUUCGUUUUGCCGCCCAUCUGCAUGUGCUUGUUCCGUCAGUACGCGGCGUGUUUCAACAGUGGCAUCUACUUAAUAUGGACUCUGUUGGUGGUAGUGGGAAUUGGAUCUGUCUACUUCCAUGCGACCCUUAGCUUCCUGGGUCAGAUGCUUGAUGAACUUGCGAUCCUUUGGGUUUUGAUGUGUGCGCUGGCCAUGUGGUUCCCCAGAAGGUACCUCCCAAAGGUCUUCCGGAAUGACAGGGGCAGGUUCAAGGCAGUGGUCUGCGUCCUGUCUGCGGUUACGACCUGCCUGGCGUUUGUCAAGCCUGCCAUCAACAACAUCUCCCUGAUGACACUGGGAGUUCCAUGUACCGCGCUGCUCGUGGCGGAGCUGAAGAGGUGUGACAACGUGCGCGUGUUCAAGCUGGGCCUCUUCUCCGGCCUCUGGUGGACGCUGGCCCUCUUCUGCUGGAUCAGCGACCGGGCCUUCUGUGAGCUGCUGUCGUCCUUCCACUUCCCCUACCUGCACUGUGUGUGGCACAUCCUCAUCUGCCUGGCUGCCUACCUGGGCUGCGUGUGCUUCGCCUACUUCGAUGCGGCCUCAGAGAUCCCCGAGCAGGGCCCCGUCAUCAGGUUCUGGCCCAGUGAGAAGUGGGCCUUCAUCGGCGUCCCCUACGUGUCCCUCCUGUGUGCCAACAAGAAGUCGCCAGUCAAGAUCACCUGAUGCUCUCCGUGUUUCCCUCGGCCCUGGGCUGCUUCUCUGGCAGAGACGCGAGGUUUCUGUGAACCGCUGUGCCUGUCUUACGCCUCUGUCCUGUGGGCUCUUAGUGUGUCCGUCCCUUCCCACCAAGGCAAGAGGAGGGACUCAGAUGCGCCCUGGCCUUCUCACUGUCUCUUCCACACGCAUCACAAGUGGGCUGCGUCUGUGGCUGGGCAGAGCAGUCUGGGAACCCAGGGCCACUGCCUGCUCAGGCCCCGCUGCCCUGGGCCCGCAGCCAAGGUGUGGAGAUGUUCACCAGGGAAACUGCCCUGCCAGGGCCAGCACCACCGCGCCCGCAGGGCGAGCGGAGGGGGCCGGUGGCUCAGCCCACCCGGCUUUGCGGGAUUUGUGCUGAGCGGCAGAGGUUGCAUCCGAAGGUGGCUGGCCGUGCCAGACCCCACGCCGUCCUUCUCCAAGCCAAGCACAGAGCGCCGCUUUGAAGGUUGACGUCGUCUCCCCGGGGAGCCCCGCCCGGUUCCUAGGCUCAGGUGCAGAGGGCGGCGGUGGAGCGAGCUUCCGCCAUGCCCCAGCCCCGACUCCCCAGUCCCUGCAGUUUUGCUGGGGGAUUUGGCCUAGACUUUGGAGCAAACAUGGAGAUUUUUGGUUUGUAAUGUUUUCAUAUUGGACGCCUCCAGUAUACCGUGCUGCUCUGGAAAUGACCUCCAAGAGCUCACCGUGCUGGGCACGGCGUGUAUGACUAUGACCCCUGCUCUUCGGGAGGUAGCAGCCAGCCUGGGCCAGCUCAAAAUAAAAAGGGCCGGGGUGUGCCCAACGGUAGAGUGCACCUGGUUUCUAUCCCAAUGCUAGGAAAAAGCCAAAGAAAAGACAAGGGAAAAAGUCUUGCCGUCAUCUCUGAUUUCCUGCAGGGAGGCCCCGCGCUCUCACCGUCUGGGGCUUCCGGAUGCAGCAGUGCGUGCCCUGACCGCCCGCCUGGGGCGCAGUGGCAGCGGGCGUCCUCGCCUUCGGCUUCCCCCCUCGCCUUCCCUGGACUCCAAAGCCGUCUUCAGGGAGUGAGGAGGGACUGACAGCUCAGGGAUACUGCUUUUAGCCCCUCCUACCCUUCCCGAGGGGACGGGGCCGUUGCUGUCCAGAGCUGAGAAGUGGCUUUUCUCACCUGCCCAGGGCUCGGUCUGUGUAGACUACACAGGAUCCGAGAUGAAAAGGCCAAUCAGCAGCUGAAUUGAGAGUUUAAAAAUGAAGGACUUCAUUCAACUUUCUUGAUUUUUGGAUUUCCUAAAUAACCCACUAGGCUAUUUCCUUUUUCUUCUCAUAGCUGGAAAUCUUUAUGGAAUGCCAAUGUGUGAAAUAAAUUAAUUUUAUGAACUUAAAUUUAUAGCAUCUAUUUAAUACAUCAGGCAGUAAAAAUGCAAAUAAACAAAUUGAUGGUCUCCCGGAUAGUAAAAUAUGAUAUUUAAAUGCAUGCACAUGUUGCUUUAUUAUAGCCUAAAAAUAUAUUUUAAGAUAACGUUGGAUAGAACGUAAGUGGAACUUCUCACGUACCUUGCUGAGGCCUAGAGAUUUGUGGACUAAAACUGCUGUGAAGUCUUUUGGGUUUCAAGUCUAGAACUUUAAAAAGGGAAAUACCAGACCCUGUUCAUUUGAGGGUGGCCGUAGCAGGCAUGGAUUCUAGUCUGAUGUGCUACGGCAGUAAGUUUGGUGUAUGUCCAGCCUGGCCGUCUUAGAAUGACAGACAGCAGGGUGAGUGCAGGGGUAAGGCAGGAGGCGACUUGUGUGUGUGUGUGUGUGUGUGUGUGUGUGGUGUGUCGUGAACGUGUCCAGGGCUCGCAGUAACAGGACUGUCCUUGCAGGCUUCUUCUCAGGGAAGAACUUACUCCUCAGGGCUGUGCUGAUCCCACCUCCAGCUCCUAAACGCAGGGAUAAAAUGUUACCAGAGGGCAGACUUGAGUGGGGCGGGGGAGGAAUAAGUCCCCGAUUCACUGGGCUGUUUUUAUCCCUCUUCUAAAGAAAAAUGAUGAAGUUAAGAUAUCAGACAUGGUUUUUAUGUGAAAAGCAUUGUGCCUUUCUAGAGACUGGGUCUGAGGAGAUGAGAGCAGAGAAGAAAAGUGGAACGGAGUAUAUCUGAGGACAAAACUACUCUUCGACAGAAAUCACAUAGCUUGCCAGGAUAGGACAAGUCAUGAUAAUAAAAUAUACUAAUCUUACUUUAAGUUGAGUUUAGGGCACAUUCAUACUUAUAUCAAUGCACUACAUGGUCUUUAAAGAAAAUUGGGAAACUAAAAACAGUUGUAGAAGAAGAAAAACUUAUUUCUCUCACCUAAGUACAACCAUGGUUAGUAUUUUGGUAUUGGGUGUGUUUCCUUAUUUUCACCUUUUCCCCACUAACAUAGUCAUGCAUAAAUGUCUUCGAGCUUUGACAGUUUAUUCUGUCUUUGAAAGGUGAAUGCCAGUUGCGCGUGUGCACAGCAGGUGUGCUGUCCACCAGUGCUAGUUGUACGUGUGAGUGCUGAUCACUGCGAUCGGAGACUUAACCCCCGGACCUUCCUUCUCAGUCAGCCCAGUGGCCAGGCCUGAGAAGUGAUGGACCGAAAUCUCCAUUUUGUUAUACUUCUGUGCUGGGAUAGAGGAACUCAGAUUUUGAUGUGCUCAGCUUUAAAAAUGAAUAGCUUAUUUCAUUAGUUGGAAUGUAAUCAAGAAUCUCCAUCCCUUCUGCCCAGCAGGAAGGAGUUUGGGAGUGAGGUCUUGGCCAUGGCUAUUCAGCGAGGCCUCUGAGUUUUGUUCUGGUUAGAAUUCACCUGGGCUUCUUAUCCAGAGGUACCUGGAUUUACGAUACAAAACCCUCAGCGUUAGUCCGUGAUCUCUUCCGCCGGUGACUCCUACCUUAUACUGUCUGAUUGAUUACUAUGCCUUUAGGAGAGGCAGCCCCCCCAGGUGGUGUCAUCACACAGUGAGUGCUUUGGGGAUCACAUUUAGUGUGUGGGGAUGAGACAUCUGCUUUGGGGUACUCUGUGCCUGUCCAACAGAGAGUGCCUGAAACACGAAUUGUACACCAGUGUGCUGUGCUGGUUCUCCUGGGAGAGCGGUGAACAUGCUGCCACUAUUCCAUUCAGUGGGUUUCUCAGGUGUGCACAGAUUUCUCACUGGAGCCUUGUGCUUCCCCUGCUGUCAAGGGCUCGCUGCUGUGUCCUCCCUGUGUGUCAGGUUGUGCUAGAGAAUUCUGUAACAAUGGCGUGUAACCGGAACAGGCACAGCGCGGGCAGAUGCAGACUGCUCUAUACACUGCAUAAGCUGCACUGUGCAUGCCGGUCCGUCUCCAUGGCUGUGGAAUGCUUGGAGGCCUUUGAGAGGCGCUUUGCACCUGAUGCAUUCUGUGAAAUGACUAUAUUUCAUAUUAAAGCCCUCAGUGGCAUUUUCUGUGAAUAAAUAAUUGUGUGUUUGUGUGUUUCCAGAAUGAUCUCCAGAGUAUCUGCAAUACAAAUGCAUUUCAUGGAUUGUAGAGCAAAAGAAAGCACAUUUGCCUGAGAUUAUUUGUUAAUGAGUUGGGGAGUCAUUGUUACUAAUGUACUUAAGUGUAGUUAAGUCUAUGUUUGUUAGUACAGUUAUGUAUGUAACUGUGUCAUGUGUGUAGAGAAGCCCAGAUGUAGGUAAUAGUUCGCUUGUGCUGGGUUUCCCCACUUGCUGGAAAGAAGGUCUUGUGACUUUUCAGAACCGUAAGUGGGGACUUUAGCAGGAGAAUUGCAUGUAUCUGUUCAUUUUUUCUUAAUUUCCUGUGACAGUUCAUUAAAAAUUCAUUGUCAUCAGAGAAGAACAAGAUAAGCACCACAGUAUCAUUAUCUUUUCUGGCUGAAGGAAAGGGAAACAGGGCGGCCGAGCCUCUGACAUCUUCGGUCCCCAGCAGCCCCGGAACCCCUGUGGAAUGGAAGAGAAACUGAAUCUGGCCUGGUGCGAUGGGAGAUCCCUCAGCUGUCUGCAGGCUGUGGUCAGGGGUGGGGCUGAGGAGAGCGAGGCGGGGGUGCCCCGGGACUGGUGUCUCGGGCACUGGCUCCCCUGUGUGGAGGGGCGGCUGGGCCCGGGCCUGACUCCUGUGAGGGCUUCCUGCUGGGGGACUCGGUGCCUACGCAGAGGAAAGCAGGGCCGAGCCAGAGAGCCGGAUGGGUCAGGGCGCGCGGAUGAAGACAUGCUGCUGACCAGGGGCAGUCUGGCAUCCUGUCAUCCGGCCACCCCAGGGGGGACUGCAGGACACUGUGGAAAGUAAAAUACGUGGGCAGAAAGGCACUGCGUUUUCUCACUGCUGGAGGGUGACGCCGCCAUCUCGGCCAGCAGGAGGGAGCUCUGCAGUUCUGGGGCUGGGCUCAAGGUGUUGCUGCAGUUAUUUAUGGCACUUUCUUAUUUAUGUGCUAAGGAACCAGCGCAGAAGAGUCCUUAGACUCCCAACACACGGAAUGUGAAAGGGGACCAACGCGACGCUCCUGAUUUUAACCGUGCUCAUCACACGCCGUGAUCCGGGGCUGUGUGUGGUGGUGUCAGAGACUACACUGUGUCACUUUCACAGAUUGGGGUACUGCAGACACCCCGGUGGGAGAGGGCCCUGGGGUGCCAGGGCCACUUACAUUUUAGGGUCCUUAGCUGGCUUAGCCGGGGAUGCACUUAGAGUGGUGCAGCCUGUAAUCCCAGCA